AAAUUUUAGUUGUAGAGUGGAAGUGUCAAGAUCUCUUUAAAAUUCAUUCACUGUCAAUAUCUGAAAACAUGAAAAAAAAAUUGGGAAAAAUGGUCAUUUUUUGAAAUCCUUAUUCAACAAUUUGGUAGUAUUAUUUAUGCUGGAAUUUUGCAAUGAACUAUUGUUACGCCGUAAGAUCUCGUAAAAAAGAACUUUAGUGUGUAGUUAAAUAACUCUUCAUUCAUCGAGGUCAGACCUGUUUCGAAAUUCUAUUUUUUAAGGUACAAGAAGUUCCAAAAGUUGUUUUCCAAUUUCAUUCAGGAUAUAUUAUGCCGCGAAAUUUCAAGGAAAACAAAUAUGAGAAUAACACAUCAAAUAGACGAGCCCAUACAAUCAUGUCACCCGAAGACCAAGCCGCCGGAAAGAAAUCUUCCUGGUACGAAUUGGAGAUAGUAGGAACUAUCAAGAACCUGAGCCCUAGCCUAUUUAAGAUGACGCAUCUGACGGCACUCUACUUAAGGAAUAACAAUCUUUUGAGACUGCCAUCAGAUAUUUGUCUGUUAAUCAAUCUUAGAACUUUAGACGUCUCAGCCAACAAAUUGCGGACACUUCCUGCUGAAUUAGGGGAAUUGAUACAUCUUAGAGAACUGCAGCUGUGUAACAACAUGUUGCGGAUCCUCCCGUACGAACUAGGAAAGUUAUUCAAUCUUAUGGUCCUUGGACUUGCGGGGAAUCCUCUCAGUAAGGAUCUGAUGUCUAUUUACAGCGAAUCUAAUGGAACUCAGAAGCUUCUUACGUUCAUGUUGGAUAACUUGCAAGUGAACGCGCCGAGACCCCCUGCACGUCCAUGGAUCCCUUUGGCUAGGCCCUCGGGAAACAGAACAUGUAUCUUCACUGUGAUGUGUUAUAAUGUGUUAUGUGAUAAGUAUGCCACUCGACAAAUGUACAGUUAUUGUCCUAGCUGGGCUCUAAGCUGGGAUUAUAGAAAAAAGGGAAUACUAGCUGAAAUAAGACACUACCAAGCUGACAUAAUCAACCUCCAAGAGGUUGAGAUGGACCAGUUCUACAAUUUUUUCCUUCCGGAGUUGAAAAGGGACGGGUACAGCGGUAUAUAUUCACCGAAGUCCAGGGCGAAACACAUGGCGGAGAGCGAGAGAAAAUACGUUGACGGAUGUGCUAUAUUUUUUAGGACUGCCAAAUUUACAUUAAUUAAAGAACAUCUAGUAGAAUUCAAUCAAUUAGCAAUGGCGAACGCUGACGGUUUGGAACACAUGCUCAAUAGGGUUAUGCCGAAGGAUAACAUAGGCUUAGCCGCACUUUUGCAAACGACGGAAAACGCAUGGGACAAUGGUUUGACGAUCCAACAGCCCAUCUUAGUCUGCACGGCACAUAUCCACUGGGAUCCAGAAUUCUGUGAUGUUAAAUUAAUUCAGACGAUGAUGCUUAGUAAGGAGCUCAAGAGCAUACUCGAGAAUUCCGCCAAACUGAUAAAAUCCGUGGACGGGACGUCGGUGACGGCCGAGAACAUACAGCUUGUCCUGUGUGGAGAUUUCAAUUCGUUACCAGAUUCCGGUGUAGUUGAAUUCCUUAGUACCGGCAGGGUCUCCCAGGACCACAAGGAUUUUAAAGACUUGAGCUACAAACAGUGUCUGGAGAAAGUAAUGAGCUGUGAUAAACCAAAUGAAUUUACACAUUCCUUUAAGCUCGCGUCCGCGUACAGCGACGAUAUCAUGCCCUUCACGAAUUACACCUUCGACUUUAAGGGCAUCAUCGAUUACAUUUUUUACGCCAAGAACACGAUGACGCCGCUAGGACUGCUUGGACCCUUAUCGUCCGAAUGGCUGACGCAGAACAAGGUCAUCGGCUGUCCCCAUCCGCAUGUUUACUCCGACCAUUUUCCCCUCCUCGUGGAGCUAGAGAUGAUACCAACAGUUGCUCCAAUCAAUGGAAUCAUAGCACAUAGGUAGCAAUCAGAAGAAUGUGGUAACUAACCAUUGUCGCCUUUGCAUUUGCUGUACCUGUACAUCAUGCUGAUCAUUGUUAAAAGAUCAUCAUCCUCAUGUUGCAUCUAUGUAAAUGGUACCUGAACAGCGUUAUUUUUCAACAUCCAUCUCUAGCAGUUGCUGUGUAUCCUCUAUCAUUUACGAUUUGAGGAGUGUGGUAUCUCUAAUACACACAUUAAAUGUGUAAUCUCUAAAAUUAUUCAAUAUAUUUCUUUUCAUGAUUGAACUUGACAAUAGACAAUUUUAUCAGUCUUCAGUUGCUUCUAUUUCUUUUUUUUUUAAAUAACAUUUGAGUAAUAGGUGUUUUUAUGCAUUAUCAUAUAUAUAUUUCUCUUGGAAAUUGAUUUUUUUUUGACACAUGUAGCCGGCCAAAUUAAGAAACACACUCCUUAACAAUAAAGUAAUUGUACAGUCUUGAUAUAUUUGUGUUUUUUAAAUGAUCGCAAAAUCACAGACUCAAAAUUAUGUUGUUAUAUUGACUUUACCCAUUUGAUAUAAGAAAAGACACAAUAUAAUUGUACAGUCCUCAAGCGUUCAUCUCUUGGAUAUAAGUGGAAAAAACAUAUUUAAUCUGUAAAUUCUUCGAGCCAUCACUAUGUCGUUUACAAACAUACAUACGCACAUUUUAUUUUUAAACCAUUUUAAUAUUCCUCAGUACCAAAAAUAUCGAUCUUUCGUUUUAAGUUGUUGGUGUACUUUAUUGUAAAUUAAUUAAUGUGUCUGAGUGAUUUUAAAAUAAAUUGUUUUAUUAAAUAAUUUUUAAUUAUGAAUACAUAAUGCGGAUCCUUCGGAAAACGAGAUUCAACGGAGAAGAAAACACUGAUUAUGGAACAGAAAAGAUAUACAGUGGUAUGCGUGAAACUAAAAUAUUAUGGAACAAAAAAGUGUGGAUCGAAUCCAAAAAUAUUUUUCGCGUCUUCGUUCAAAAUUUUCAUCCUGCCAAAUGAGGCUCAUUUUUUGAAUGAAAUAAACGCCAUACACAGGACAAACAUGUAUAGUCGUAUUGAUGGUAUCAGCAGAAACAUUUUUGCGUUAUCAUAUACCCCGUUUUCGGAGCAUAAGCGAGAUAUAGGGUGUUCAAGGUCAUUUCUAGCAGUAUUGGAUUGAGUGAAGUGAGUUGAGUGAAUUUUGAAAUAACGGUCUCUGGUCAGGGGGGACACCCUAUAUUUCGCUUAUGCUUCGAAAAUGGGGUAUAUAUCAUAGGCAAAUAUGUUUUUCUGAUCUCAUCUACAAGACUGUGUAUGUUUGUCCUGUUUAAGGUGAAACACCCUGUACACAUACAUUCUACUGCCUCAGCAGAAAUCGAGUAAUUUUAUAUCCUGUAUAUAUUCACUGGAAGUCGAAUGAAAUCCAUCAUAAAUUAAUAAAGUUAAUAUCAAAGUAUAUAGUGAAGAAUUUGCAAAGUCCAAAUUUUCAGGGGAAUAUGAUUAACAAUAUUUCCGAUUUAUCAAGUAUACAGAAGUGAAACCGUUGUUUAUCACACACUUGUGAAUGUCUGUAUUAUGUUGAUUAAAAUGAAUUGUUGAUAUCGUGAUUAUUUCUGCAUCCAACGUUUUUGGAGAAUUUGUUUCAGUAUGAAUCGCUAGUAAAAACUUGUGUUUUCCCGUAUUCUGUCGUUAUUAUAAAACAACUGACACGAUAAAAUAGGCGACUUCUUGUUAUUUCAUUUGUUCUUCAUUAAACAGCUUGAAGUAUCAUUUUUGUGUAAUCUUCUUGAAUGUUUUUUGUUCGACGCUAUCCGAUUAAAUUUGUACAAUGCGUCGAACGAAAUGUACAAAUUUAGCUGGGUAAAAAAGUGUUAAAUUGUUUCUUUGAUGGAUAUUCUACCUUGGUGUUUUUUAUCUGUAUGGAACAGAAUAAUUUUUAAUGUCUAUUUGAUGCAACUAAUGAAGAUCUGGUUCAAUCAAUGUGAUGAAUAUCAAAAUUAAAAUCGCCUUUAAAAUUACUAUAAAAUUUGAGUACAGAUGUUUGUUCCCGAAAUUUUCUUUUAUUCUAGAAGUUUUCUUAGAAAUUCAUGAAGGACGGAAAUUGAUAUUUUUCUAUAAUAUAAAGAAGGCAUUAAUUCCCCAUUCAUUCGAAAAUGUUUUAUGGUUGGGAAUUCUUUCAAUAAUUCGACACAAUUUGAUUUGUACCUAACAAUCUCUCAAAAUUAAUCUAUUUUUUAUUCGCGAAAAUAUUCUCAGUCCUCUACUUUUUCGUCGUUAUCGAAUUUCAUGAUGUAAUCAGAGUCUAAAGUCUGAACUUCAAGCUUUUUUUAUGAAAAAUUCGCAGUAACUAUCUCUUUUUCAUUGUAAUUAAUAGGGUACCUAUUCAUUUCAUUUUCACUAGAACAUGUAACCAAGUUACCAUAUUAUUUAUGAAAGAUUUAGAGAAAACUGAUUCAGCGUAUUCCAUCAUCUUGUAUAAUCUCCAUUUUUUGUAAUACAUUUCAUUUCUGAGGUACCAGUUACUGUAAUCCUCUCAACAACAGAACAAUAGUACAAAAUUUUCUAAAACUAUCAACGUAUGAAAAUAUUCAACCUUUUUCACUCGAAUAACAGUAAUUUCAAAAUCAAGAUCAAGUAGAAAAGUUGAAUAUGUCAUUGAAAUCCCUACACUUGUUGAGAAUAUUACGAACUGUGAAGAUUAGAAGACUGAUAUUUUACUGACUCCCUUGAAAAUCAAGUUUCAUUAGUCUAUUAUGAAAUUUUCAAUUUCAUGACAUUCAUUUUUGGGAAAGAAAACAUUUUUCAACAAAACCACUUUUUACAGCUUCAACCGUUCUGUAAAAUCUUUAUCACGAAAAUUAUAACUGUUAUUAUGUUUUGGAAAAUUUGAAUUCCUUGUGAAUUAUAAACGGAAAAUGCUGUUGAUCGUGUAUUUAUAGGUUAGUUAAAGGUUGUGUAUUUUUGGAUCCGACUUCAAAGUUUUUCGCAGCUUUCAGUAGAAAAAUUGUUUAAAAAAUUGUUUACACAUUUACUUUAGAUCUUUUUUCGAUCUCAUAGAUAAUUUCAAUCAUUCUCUAGUCAGUGCUGUACGUGAAAAUUUUGAAUGACUCUGGAUCCAACUUUAUAUCUGUAUGUAAACGCAAAUGACUGAUUUGAGACGAAUUGAGAAAAUAUUUUAUUCUGUAAUCAAUCGGGACAAAUUGUGUUUUACUUCUUAUUGAAAGAUUCUCUAUUUUCAUAAGUGAUAUUAUCAUGUUCAAAAAUGUAAUUCGAUUUUAUUCCUAAUUCGAACUGGAUUAAACUUACAGGACUCAUGUUUUGAGGUUGAAUUUUAUUUACUUAAUGAUUUUUUUUUUGUAGAAAAUUACCGUAAUUUUUAUUUUUGGGAAUGUACCAAGUACUUGAAUUAUCGAAAUUUAUAUUCUUCAUAUACUCCUCCAGAUCUCAAUUUUGUAAUUUUUAAGUAGUGCUUAGGUGAAGGACAAUGGUUUUAAAGUAUGUUUAAUUCCUAGUGUUCCUUGAUCAACAAAAUAUAUUAUUAUAUAGAUGAAAAUAAAAACUCUUGGACCAUAA